ACAUGGAGAUUGUUCUUGACACAGCAUAUGGUCCAUCUUCAGGAUACAUACAGUACUGUAAUAUACGCAUCAUUGUCUAGAGAGAGCAGUGGAUGCGAGCUUCCUAUUCCAUUAUAUUAUGUACCUUAACAAAUAGUUAUCAGAAAUUGAAUAGCCUAACGGAAUAGCCUAACGGACUAGCAAAGAUGUUGACCACAACGUUGACAACAAAUUUUACAUUGGCACUUUAUAAGGGUCAUCCAUAUUUAUAUCCUAUAAUGUGUGGGGUUAAAUAUUGUGGUUCGCAGCUUGACUUCCAGACAAUCGAGACUGGGUUACUUGAGAGUCAGGUACAGUAGGCCUACAUGCAAUAUUGACAUUUCUCCUAUCAGACCACUACGUCAUCUAGAAAAGGCUGAUAGGGUAUAUAUUUGUGAAGUCGCGCGUGAUUCCUGUCAGUGGCGACCUGUGCAACAGACAGGUGUGAAUUGGCAUCCCCUCAGACUCCGAAUAUUCACAUUUUACAGGAACAUCAGCGCUGUAUAUUAUACAGGAAUUAUCUUGUUGUUUCAUUUGGUACGGCUCUGAAGAACCACUUGACAUGUGUGGAACGAAUGUGGACCUGUCAAACCAUGGGAGCGGGUGUGUCAAUCAGCUUGGUGGGGUGUUUCUGAACGGGAGGCCGCUUCCAGCAUAUAAAAGGAGGAAGAUGAUCGAACUGGCAUCGGAAGGUGUGCGCCCAUGCGAGAUCUCCAGAAUUCUGCAGGUGUCAAAUGGCUGCGUCAGCAAGAUUUUGAGCAGGUACCACAAAACCGGCCUCCUGGACCCGAAGGCGACCGGAGGUAGUAGACCUCGACUCCUCACCCCCGAAGUCAUCUCGAAAAUAAUCGAAUGCAAGACGAAAAACCCAACAAUAUUCGCCUGGGAAAUCAGAAAAAAGCUCGCGGCCGAAAGAAUCUGUAAAUCGGCCAAAGUGCCCAGUGUAUCCUCUGUAAACCGAAUUCUCAGGAAAAUUCAACUCGACUCUGCGAUGUUGAGUGUGGAGAUUUCUGCGCACCACCCCAGAUACCCAGGUCUUCUAGUGGAGACCCCAACGCAGUCAGUAGUGAAGGAGAGGGAGGAGAUGGAGACAGUUGAGGUGAACGAGCUCCAGCCUCCCGGGCCCCAGCAUCGCAACCGCACCACCUUCACCCUGGUGCAGUGCAGAGUGUUAGAGCAAGAAUUCACACAGAGCCACUAUGCAGACAUGUUCACCAGGGAAAAACUGUCAUCUGAGAUCCAACUUCCAGAGGACACCAUCAAGGUGUGGUUCUCAAACAGAAGAGCAAAAUGGAGGAGGGAAGCCAAGUAUAAGAGCAGUGUCCACGGAGCACAUACUUCAUUUCUGAGGAACCAAAAGAACAAAGAUUUCCCUGCAGUGAAUUCGAUGACAACAACCAACUCAAUGACUCAACAGACUCACUGGGGUCAGAGGGAGAGUUUGGGAGUACAGUUUGACACUUCAUGCUCAGAAAUCUCCCAGAGAUAUGGUCCAGCUACUACAAUAGAGAGAGGUAUAGGAGGAACAGAAGUGUUGGGCUAUAGAGGCAUCUCCAUUCCGCUUCCAUCCUCAGCAUCUCAAUACUCAGGCAGCACCACAUUCCCAUUGGUCCAUCCCCAGGACGAGAGGACUCCAUCGGCUCACCAUGCAGAGAGAUUCAUUUUCCCAUUGGCUCAUCAUUACACAGACCUGAGGACAGUCUUCCCAUUGGCUCAUCAGACUGAGAGGAUGGGACAUUCACUGAACUAUCAUUGGGAUGAUGGGUCAGAUUUCCAAUUUUCUCAUCACCAAACAGAUGAAAGGAUUCUAUUGGCUCAUCACAGGGAGAGGACUGGUGGUCCAUUGCUUAUAUGACAGAAUGUCUCUUCCCUUUUCUCGCAUCUGUGAAUGUCAGAGCCAAACAUUCUCACACACACACACACACACACACACACACACACACACACACACACACACACACACACACACACACACACACACACACACACACACACACACACACACACACACACACACACACACACACACACACACACACACACACACACACACACACACACACCUAUGGCUCUGCUGAUUACUACUGGGCAGGGUAUGCAAUAGAGUGGGUACAGAGACAUUCCAAUCGUGACCUAAUGUGUUUAAAAUGACAUUUCUACAGGCUAUUGCAGCAUAUCUCAGUGAAAUGUAUGACUUUUUCUGUUUUGAAAAGUAUUUUCAGUA